CGUAUACGUACAAAAUCAAUUCACCAUUAUUGUUAAAACAUGACCUCAUUUAAUAAAAUUAAUGUUUCAACAAUUUAUUACUAAGCUUGUUUACUCAUAAUCGGUUUAAAACUCAACGUGAUUAUAAAUAAAAUCACGUGAUUUCGGUUUCCUAAAAUCAACUUUUUAUCUGCAUUAAAACGUCAGUUGUGUUUGCUGUUGAAUUCCACACAUCUAUUUUAUUAUUAAAACAAACAAAAAGGGGAGAUAAUAAUGUAAUUCGAUACAGUUCUAUUAUUCCUAAUUCUAAUAGUAUUGGUGGUGAUGUGCUUAAAAAGAUUACAAAAAGGAAGUGUUUGAAAGGUUAUGUCGGUGUAAGUCAAGGUUUUUGGGUUAAUUAAGAAGAAAUUAAGUGGGUUGAAAUUCAAGAUGAAUAGGAAACCAGCGCCUAGUUAUGGGGCCAUGGAAAAUACGACGGAAGUGGCUUUUUCUGGAACAUCCACUUCGGAUUUUAACACGUUGUGUGACAGCAUUGUUACUAACAUUUAUACCAUCAAUUCCUCUUGGAAAAGUUUAGAUAAUUUAACAAAGAACGUUGGUACUUCAAAGGAUAAUCGAGGCCUCAGAGAUAAAAUCCAUGUAACACAAUUAAGUACCAAUCAAAUUAUCUCCGCAACAACAACUUCGUUACAAAAAUUAAGUAGAGUAGUAAAAAAAGGGGAAAAGCAACAAAAAUUACAAUGUGAAAAGCUCACCGAUAAUUUUAAAGAUGCCGUUGCUAAUUAUUCAUCUCUACAAAAAACGUGCGCUGAUAAGAUGAAAGCGAAUUUGUUAAUGUCGCCCGUUGAGUUAGAGGAAAUGGAUAAAGAUGAUCCUCAAGCCCAACAACAAAUAUUAUUAGCCAGGGAGUUAGCUUUUGAAAAUGACAUGUUAAUGGAUAGAGAGGUUGCAAUUAAAAAAAUCGAAGCUGAUGUUUUGGAUGUGAAUGAAAUAAUGAGGGAAUUAAGUGUUCUUGUAUAUCAAGAUCGUGAAGUUAUUGAUUCAAUUGAAAAUAAUAUUGAUUAUACAGCCGGAACGGUAACUCAAGCAACUGAAGAACUCCAAAAAGCAGCUAGAUAUGGGAAUCGUUACAGAAAGAAACUUUUUUAUUUAGCUUUAAUUGGUACUGUUAUCCUGAUUGUUUUAAUUAUUGUUCUGGUGGUUGAAUUAAAGCGAUAAAAAGGUGGCGUUAUUAAAUAUGAGAUUAUUUUGUAUGUUUAUACUGUAUUUAACGAAAGAUUUUAUGCAGGAAUUAAUUAUUUGUAAAGGAUUUUAUUUAUUUAGGAAAACUUACGUUGACAUGUGUAAUUGCAAUUAAAAUAAUUUUGAAAUAUUAUCGUCGGUUUGAAGAGAAUCGUUUUAAUUUAGGAGUAAAAUAAAAUUGAUUAUAUUAAGAAAAAAUAAAGUUAUUAAAAUCA